UAAACGGCUGUCCCUUUAUUAAGUGGUACAUAUCAAGAUUCUACAGCCAUUUAGAUUGUUUAGUAUUUAAUAUUCUAAAAUUUUGAAGCAAACAAAGCUCGAGGAAUGGACCAGUUUGUGUAGUAGAUGCAGAUGUAGUAAGUAUAUAUUGCCUUCCUUGUCUCAAACUGUUAUUGAUACAGCUGAUGUAAAAUAUACAUUUUGUAUUUGUUGGGAAGUCAUUGGAAACGAGAAAACUUCAUGCUAACACUGAAUUGAACACUAUUGCGACGUGAUCAGUCGUCAAUCAAACAUAUAUUACGUCACACGAAUGUCAGUCCUUUAUGUGUUUGUAAAUUUCACCCUGGGCAGUUUAAUAACAAUAUUGAUCAUAUGAUGACAUAUCGCUACACAUAUAAUUACAUGUUACCCAGGUCAAUGAAGUCGUAAAGGAACAGAAGCAUAAACAUAAAAUAUGUAAUGUAAACACAUCAUGUCCCUCAUUGCAGGAGCUCUCGACAUACUGUGUAUUAGGAGGACCUGGAACCCCUCCCCUAUAUAAAGAUAUAGUCUUUAUAUUCAAAUUCAUCUAACGAGAACUAUUCACGUGGUACAUUGUAUCUAUAAUUGUAUUGGAAAUUUGCACCUGCUCAAUUUCGCAGAUAAAUCAAUAAGAAUCAAUACAUUAAACACACCAUCAUUGUCGGUCCACUUUCGACAUCAAAUGGAUUGUAACAUAUCAGUCAAUAAGUUAAUACUGAAGUUUAUUUAUGGUUUAAUUCUUAAACAUACAUCUUUAACAGAUGUUUGUAGCCCGUUAAAUGGUUGCACUUCCUUACAAUAGCCGUACCAAUAGACCGAGGCUCCACUGGAAUAAGAAUCGUUUUUCCUUUCAACUUCCAAACAUUACUUGAACCUGAUGACUUUUACCUUGAAAUGUUUUAAACAUGUCUGUGUAUUGGAUUAGUGUUUCUAGUUGCGUUGAAAUUGAUUUGCCAGUAUUUUGCUAUGUUUGUUUUGCCUCUCCAACCAGCAGGGAUCGAGGUGGAGAACGGGAGAACAAGGACACGGUUCGUAUCCGGCGUGUUCUGGAGGAUCCUCUGAAUUACUGUCCUUUUUACCAAGACAGGAACACUGGACACGUAGUUAUACAUUACUGUAAUCGUCCUCACUGUCAAGAUGAAUAUUGAAGCCGACGACGUGCUGGAGGGGAGAGCGGGGUCGAGAUUAUUUAUAGACGGACAGCUAUUUGCGGAAAACAGUCGAAACCUUGCAUACAACUUCACCUCCCCCUUGGACAGUCAGUAUGAAUGUCCUGUAUGCAGUGACGUACUACAACACCCAGUCCUCCUGGAAAGGUGUGGCCAUAAUUGCUGCGCAUCAUGUUUACCAGAAAUAGUAAGAAUUAAAUCUGUCUGUCCAAUAGACCAGAAGCCUUUCGAUCGGGAAACUGAUGUUUCAGUCGACAAGAGUAUACAGCGAGAAAUAGACCUGCUUGAUGUCAAGUGCUCAUUCGUCAAGAAAGGCUGCACUUGGUUCGGCCAGUUUAAGGAUUUGGAGGCUCAUACCGAUGAAUGCGUCCAUAAACCAAUUGCAUGUCCACGGAAAUGCGGGGCAAAUGUCGAAAGGACAAAUCUUCGACGUCAUAUUGCAGAAUUUUGCAAGAAACGGGAAAUCCGAUGUGAGUUUUGCAACAUGCCGAUUCUGGCUGAGCGAGAAGAUGACCAUCUGAUGGUUUGUGGGAAAUAUUUGCUACCUUGUCCGAACGGAUGCCGGAAAGGGGAGGUUCCAAGAUCUGAAAUGCAGGAUCACUUGGACAAUAAGUGUUCCAAACAGGAAAUCCCUUGUCCUUUCCACCAGGCUGGGUGUGAUUAUGUUGAUAGGAGAAAGAAUAUGCAUAAACACAUCAAAGAGGAUCCUAUCCAACACCUUGGAAUGGCUUGUGACAUCAUUAUUCAUCACACAAAGAUUCUGGCAGAGACGGAAAGGACUCUAACCAAAAAUGCUGGAAACAUCCAGACUCUAGAGAAAAAAGUCGACACACUUGAGAAGUUGUAUGGAUGUCAGUUAGUUUGGAAGAUAGAGUCAUGGGAUGACAAAGUUCAGGAAGCCAAACUUGGGAAGAAACCUACUGUAUUUAGUCCCCCAUUCCUGACGUCACGCCAUGGUUACAGGAUGGCAAUGUCAUUGUGUCCCUAUGGCGACGGAAGAGCCAGAGGAAAAUUUUUGUCAAUUUUCAUCUGUAUCUGCAAGGGUGAAUUUGAUGCCUUGCUCACAUGGCCGUUUUGUCACAGAAUAUCCUUUACACUUGUCGAUCAAUGCCAGGACCCCGCAGCCCGAAGGAAUAUCAGCUACAUCAUCAGUCCAAACGUCAUCAAGGACAACAAGGCUUUCCUUGGGCGCCCCGUUGGUGACAGGAACGCCAGCUAUGGUGCUCAAAAGUUUGUGGAGUUGGACGUCGUGAAGACGAUGGAUUACGUGCGGGACGACACUGUGUUUGUCAAAUGUACGAUUGACAGUGAAACAAUGAUUAAUCUGUAACAUUUUGUACUAGCGGACUCUUGGUUUGAACCCUAAUGAACCGAUUCUAUUAGGUGGUAAUUUCGUUCUGUUACCUCUCAGAGUUUCCGAUGAUAUAAGAACGAAUUUUGGAUUCUGGAUUUGGCCUUGAUUUGACCUAGAUUGCUGGUUUUGUUGAUGAAGAAGAUAUCACUUACCCGGUUGGAAUACCAUAUUAAAACAGAUUAGAUGAACGAUUAGCGCAGCAACAAUGAUUGCCAUACAAACCAAUGUAGAUCAGUUAUAAUUAGCACAAUCACGACUUAACUGCACGCUUUCAGCGUGAUAUAGGCUAAAAUCAGAUUAUCACUAAACUACGUACAUUUACAUUAUAUAGCCUUGUUCUUUUUGUCAUUUGAUGGUAUAUUCGAAUAUAAUUUAUUCGUGUAAUUCUAUAUUUUGUCGGCGUUUUAUCGAAAUGGAUUAAGAAUUACAAUUUCGUCUUUUUUUAGAGUUUCUUAUCGAAUCAUUUCUUCAUCUGAUGGUUACAUGAGCAGUGAAAAUGAUGUUAUAAAACCAAACUUACCAUAACGAGCUAGGAAAUAGUGAACAUUAAUAUAUAUGCAAAGAGAACUGUUGUAUGAUUCUUUGCACAGAUCGUGGACAAGUUUGUUGAAAGAAAAAUGAUUUUGCGUUAAAUACAUGUACAUACUCAUGUUCGCUGUAAUUCUCCUUAUACCUCCGAAUCACUUUCCCUAUUCUGGUGUCAUUUAGUACCAGAAUUAGGCAUAAAUGGUUCCUGUAGAGAGAAAUAAAGAGGACAUGUUGAUUCG